AGCGCAGCGUGGUGACCUCAUGUUCGGUUGAUUCUUCUACAGCUGUUGAGAGAAACGUCCACGUUUAGCCUUAUAUCAUCAGUCUAUUUACCUGUUUAGAGACAUAUUUAUAAUCUGUUAACUCUCCCAUGGAACAACAUAAACUUCGUUACUCAGUAGUAAACUUUUAAAGGGAUGAAAAGGCUCAAGAGGAAGAAACAAAGCGAAGGAGUUGGGGUGAAUGGAUCUGUCACAAGAGAACCAGAUUGUGGGAGGAAACAGAAGUUGACUGAGAUCCAUCAGGCUUUGAUCAGUGAUCCGGUGGACAUUGAGACCCUGAGGAGAGCAGCAGCCAGUAAGGGAGGACUGCUCACUGAUGAACUGAGGAGGAAAGUCUGGCCCAAACUACUGAACAUCAAUGUGUACGAUCUACCACAUAAACCUGGUCGAGAUGUGAGGGAGAACCACAAGGACUACAACCAAGUAGUCCUGGAUGUCAGGAGGUCCAUGAAGCGGUUCCCUAAAGGUAUGCCCGCCACAGAGAGAGCCGUGCUUCAGGAGCAGCUGACUGACAUCAUACUGGAGGUUUUGAAAUGCACCCCUCAGCUCCAUUACUACCAAGGCUACCAUGAUGUGGCCGUCACUCUGCUGCUGGUAGUUGGGGAGCGGAUGGCCCUCGCCAUGCUGGACACUCUGUCCAAUCACCAUCUCAGGGAUUUCAUGGAUCCUACCAUGGACAGCACUAAACACAUUUUAAACUACCUGAUGCCGAUAUUGGAACAGGUUGAUACUGAACUACAUGACUUCAUGAUCAGAGCGGAGGUGGGAACCAUCUUCGCGCUGUCCUGGCUCAUCACAUGGUACGGCCACGUGCUGUCAGACUUCAAACACACCAUGAGACUCUACGACUUCUUCCUGGCCUCGCACCCUCUGAUGCCCAUCUACCUCGCCGCUACGAUUGUGCUGUACAGAGAGAAGGAGGUGAAGAAGACGGAGUGUGACAUGGCCAUGGUCCACCACCUCCUCUCCCGCAUCCCCCAGGACCUCCCAUACGAGCUUCUGAUUGGCCAGGCCCAGGACCUGUUCGACCAGUACCCUCCGUCUCUACUGGCCAAACGGGCAGCGCUGCAGUCUCGCAAGAGUCUGUCCAUCAAUACCUUCCAGGCGUUUCAGUCCUCCACCCUCCACCAGAGGCCCGACUCCGUUCUCCAACGCCUCACAAAGUCCCAGGGCCCCACCAACUCCAGACACGCCUCUCUCCACUCAGGUCUGGAAGCAGCUUUGCCCCGAGACCGAGGCCAGCUGUGGGGGAAGGGGAACAGGAUGGUGAAGAUGGCUGUGUGGGGGCUGUCCGCUACGCUCGGGGCGGCCGUGUUCGCUGUUGCUCAGACAGCUAUGGACUGGGGACCCGAGGUGUUACUACAACUGUUCUGACGUGGCGGUGGGGAUAUAGUCUGGUGAACACACACACAUUAACACAUGGUGACAGCAAACACACAUCUGCUCCUCAGAUGGAUUAACAAUAACCAAACAAAAAUACACAAACAAAGACGUUGAAGACUUGAAGCUCGUCUCUCCUGCUGCGAGGAAACGUCAGAGAAAAGCAGGAAUAGGUCAGUUACCUUGGUGCCAAACAGGUUGUUGCCGCUCAACCACAAUGAACAUAUGUUAGUCACUAGCCAACCUCGGGAUGUGUGUGCAUGUGUGUGAGCGGGUGUAUGUGUGUUGUAUGUGUCUGAGCGGGUAUCCUAGACCCCAGACCUCAUACCACAUAGCAUGGAUGGAUAACUGAACAAGCCUACCAGGCUCUCUGACCUCAAGGGCCCCUGGGCCAUAGCCUGCCUGUGAAGUGGCUGUAAACUUUAUUUUUAAAAAGUCAAUCAAAUGACCACAAAGAGAUGUAAAACAUCCACAAGUGAGACACAAAACAACCGCAAAGAGAUGCAAAAUGACCACGAAACAACGACAAAAAGACAAAAAACGACUUCAAAGCGACGUAAAACAACCCCAAAGAGAAGUAAAACGACCCCAAAGAGAAGUAAAACGACCACAAAGAGACGUAAAACAACCACAAAGAGACGUAAAACGACCACAAAGAGACACAAAACAAUGAGUAAAAGACACGAAACGACUACAAAGAGAAGUAAAACCACCACAAAGGGAUAUAAAACGACCUCAAGGAGACGUAAAACGACCUUAGAGAGAUGUAAAAUGACCACAGAGACAUAAAACAACCUCAAAGAGACGUAAAAAGUCCCCAGAUGUAAAACAACCCCAAAGAGACACAGAACAACCACCAAGAGAGGUAAAACGACCACAAAGAGAUGCAAAACCACA